AUGAACUCCGGAAUAUUUUCUUUUUUGAAAAAUAGUUGUUUUUGUGGACAAGAAACGAUUAUAGUCAAAUCUAAAAAAUAUUACGUUAAAGACGUUAUUGGAGAUGGUGGUUUUAGUACUGUGUAUGUGGCGGAAAGCAGUUAUAACAAAAGACUCUAUGCAAUAAAAAAAAUAAUUUGUCAUUCAUUAGAUGAUCAAGCUGUAGCCUUAAAUGAAAUUAAAGGACAUGAAAAAGUUCAACAUGAAUAUGUUAUCGAAUUAAUAGAUUAUGAAAUUAUCGGUUCACCUGAUCCUGUCAAAAAUUUAACUAGUCAAUUAUAUCUCGUUUUACCUUUUUAUAGGAGAGGUACUCUACAUCAUGAAUUAGAAAAAAGAGCUGCUUGGAAAAAGCCAUUCGAACCUAUUGAAGCAUUAAAUUUAUUUCUUAAAAUAUGUUCGGGUGUUAGAGCUUUUCACAAAUUAGAUCCUCCAAUCGCUCAUAGAGAUAUUAAAACAGCUAAUAUUUUAUUAGAUGUGGAUGACACACCAAUUAUUAUGGAUUUAGGUUCAACAGCUAUUGCAAGAGUAAAUGUUGAAAAUUUAGUAGAAGCACAAAAUUUACAAGAUUUAGCUGCUGAAAGGUGUUCCAUGCCUUAUAGAGCUCCAGAAUUAUUUAAUGUUGAAAAAAAUACAACAGUUAAUGAAAAAACAGAUGUUUGGAGUUUAGGAUGUGUUUUAUAUGCAAUCUGCUUUUACAAGUCUCCAUAUGAUAUAAUUUAUGAAAAAGGUGAUAGUGUGGCUUUAGCUGUUUUAAAUGGAAAAAUUACAUUUCCUGAAAAUCACAUAUAUGGAGAGACAAUGGAAAAUUUAAUAAUGAAUUUAUUAAAUGUUAAUCCCAAACACAGGCCUGACAUUGAUGGUGUUAUAGAAAAAGUUGAAAACGCUUUGAAAUCAUAUUCGGGAGUGGUUUAG